UGUUUACAAAACAAAACCGCGUCGAUUCAGUUAGUACUCAAGUCGACAUCGAUUUAGCAUUAACUCAUCAUUAAUAUUCUUAAUAGUCUGCUGGGGCGGUCCGCAACAGGCUUCCGCAGCGACUAAUUAAUGUCGAUUAAGAAUGUUUUUCAAUGCAUUAGGUUAUACGCAAUCUUAGCCAUCCUUGUCUGUCGCAUCAAAGCGUGUGUGCACACAGCCGCAUUGAAAGCAAAAGCUGUGGCAAAAGCAUCAAAGCACUCAAACUGUUUCGGUGCCCGUAGGUGUAAUCUCAUCAUCGGAAAUGAAUUUUUCCAUCGGCUGAAAAGAAUCGCCGCCGCAAAUCGAUUUCUUCCUGUUGGUUGCCGGGUUAUCCACCGAAUAAACACUACAAACCUGUGAAUGUUAAUUAUAAUUAGAUAUAUGCCCAUAUCCGCUCGGAAUGGAACGAAUAAUCCACGCGUAAUUUUCGGUGACGAAUAAAAUCCGACGAAAUGUCAUGCUUGCAGUGAUUAUCGAAUAUAAUGUGUGUGCAUCCAAGGUGUAUUUGUAGUUAUCCAAGAACAAGGUCAAUGUACUUGUUUACAUUGUGAGAGGUUUUGUUUCCGGGGAAUUUGUUUGCAUGCGCCAAAAUGGAUACAGAUCUGGAGAACGAGAUGAUGGACGAGCAGGAUGAACAAGACGAGCAUUUGCUGGAUGAUGAUUGUGAAGAUAUGGCUGGCAAUGCCAGCAAUGAGGAGGCAAAUGAUGCAGCCGAGCUGGAUGAUUCAAAUUUUGUUUUCAAGCGACUGCUGAGGAAACAGGCUGGACAAUCCAAGGAGCAUUGUGCCAAAGAAGAAAGGAAUGCUACCAUCAAAAAAGUUUCUUGUAUACUGCAAAAAGCAGAGAAUGAAAGAACUUCAGAUGAACUUCUCGUGUUGAAAGCCUGUGGGGAAAUAGUGAAGGAAGUACAAUCAAGGAGGAAAAAACGUGAUGAGGCUAAAAGAAGACAGGAGGAGUUCGAGGAACCUUUGGAUACUUUGAAAGCAAAGUGUACUAUUCUAGCACAGGCGAUUGCACAAAGUCAGCAUCUGGUGAUUUAUACUGGUGCUGGCAUCAGCACAGCUGCCAGAAUACCUGACUAUAGAGGCACUAAUGGAAUUUGGACCAUGUUACAACAGGGCAAAUCGAUUGGAAAUCAUGAUUUGAGCCUCGCCGAACCAACUUAUACUCAUAUGGCUCUCUCAGAACUCUACAAACGCAACAUUUUGAAAUAUGUCGUGUCACAGAACUGCGAUGGCUUACACUUGCGCUCAGGUUUACCACGCACUGCGCUCUCUGAAGUACAUGGUAACAUGUACGUCGAGGUUUGUAAAACCUGCAAACCUUCCCGGGAAUACUGGCGAUUGUUCGACGUCACCGAAAACACAGCGCGUUAUUCACACAAAACAAUGCGGAAGUGUUACGUGUGUAAUGGCGCCCUGAAUGACUCCAUCGUCCAUUUUGGUGAACGCGGUAGCCUACUCUGGCCGUUGAAUUGGUCCGGCGCGAGUAAAAACGCACGCAAAGCCACCACCAUUGUCUGUUUAGGCUCUAGUCUAAAAGUUCUCAAAAAGUACCCGUGGUUAUGGCAAAUGCACAAGCCAGUCAAACGUCGUCCGAAUUUAUACAUUGUAAAUCUCCAAUGGACGCCGAAAGAUGACUGCGCGAAUGUGAAAAUCCACGGUAAGUGCGAUCUCGUGAUGAAAACAGUCAUGGAUUUGUUAGGUAUACAAGUACCAACCUACGAACGCGAAAAAGAUCCGAUUUUUGUGCAUGGAACACACCUGUUAGAGCAUGAAUUACACACGACAACGCAGCCAUUGUUGAAAAUCUGCGGUAAAAACACCUGUGAAAACUGAAAAAAUGAACCUGACGAUGACAAACCGAUCAACUACAGUAAGCAUCCCAACUCCACGUCCGACUGUGAUACGAUAAGCAAUAUUUAUAGCAUAGACAAAGUCCCACUCACGCCCACACCUCAGCCAGCAAACAAAACGAACAGCGAUGGUCUUCCAAUGCGUAACAAUCUCUUGCAAGCAACAAAUAUGUGGAAUACACCUCAGGCUGCACAUUCAAACUCAAUGAGUAUGCAGGACACACAAAACCUACUGCAAAGUACACUAUUCACGCAAAAUUGUCAAGCAUUGCUGACUUAUUAUCAACUAUCGAAUACGUUACUACAAAGUCCGCUUGGUCUGCAAGCCUAUCGCGAUAUGUUGUACCCGUUGCAAACAAGUUUACUAUAUUCGGGUCUGCAUAGCAUCAUUAAUCCGAUGCCAUUCCUCACUGACACUUCAACAAACAUCAAAGAAGAGAUUAAAGAGAAGGAAGAGGAUCCCGAACCUACUUGUGAUUAUUGCUUUGAGAAUUACAAGUCGUCUACGUGUGUAUUCUAUGAAAAACUGGAGCCGGGUUUCGCCAAGCAACAGUCAAGGUAUAGCAAGACAGAAAACUGUCAGAAGCCGUUGUAUUGUCUGUGUUGUGAUUAUACAACCGAAGAGGAAGAUGAGGAGAAUGUGGAAGGUGUACCUCCGCCUGAUAAAAUGUCCAAGUUGCAGGAGGUUGAGGCUAGUGGAGAGCAAAAGGAGAAGGCGAAGAUUCAGCCCGGUUGGUAUGGGAAAGGUUACAGGAAAAACAAAAAGAACCGGAAAAAAGCCACCGGGCAAUAUUAAGCUAUGACUCGAGUUGAUGAUUCAGAUCAGAUCAGUAUUAGGGUGUUUCUCGUGAGAGUGUCUCCGUGGUCGAAUUUAUCUGUACAUAUUUUGCAAGUAUUAUCGAAUUCUUAAGUUUCCGAUCAAACUUAUCCACAUGCGCGCGCGCCAUCGGGUGGCCGCUUCAGUUAUUUAUUGUUACAUUUCGUCGUUCAUCAUUUUCAUCAUUGUACUGAAUGUUUUGUGAUUUUAUUGCCUAGUUGAAUAAGAAAUUAACUAAGUGACUAAAGAA